AUGCCUCCAAAAGGAGUUACUCCUCCUGCUACCCCUGUCAAGUUACACCGUAGAUCGGUUUCGAUGUUUCGAAGAUCAGAUGAAGGGGUAGUAGAAGCUAUAGAGCCUAAUGUUUUGGCUGCCGUUGUACCUCCGAGCCAACAAGCUUUGGGAACAGGACCACCCUUAUCAGUUGGGGGUUCAAGUAGCUCAAGCUUAGCUACAUCAAAAACUCCAGAGACUCUACCUGUUAACUCAUCCAGUUCUGUGAGCACUCCAACUAAAUUACCUGGUGGCUCGGUUUCUCCUCCAACUGGAUCAGUUACAACCCCACCUGUCACUUCAGGAUCAUCAUCAACAACUGAAGGUAUUUGUGGAACUUAUAACACUGAAACUGAUCUAGGUGUAUGUCUUUGGAGUGGAUCUGAUACUGAUGGAAAAGAUAUUAGUAAAAGUGGUUGGGUUAGCAGUGCAAUCACUACCAACUGUGGUCGAGAAGUUGCUGUUUUAAGAACAGGUCUUACUAAACCUGUAGUGCUUAAAGUUAUUGAUGGUUGUAACUUUGCUACUACUACAGCUGAUGUUGGUUGCUCUCAAAUCUAUUUAACUAAGAUGGCUUUUAAGGCUUUGAAUCCUACGGCUGAAGAAAAUUCUUCUGGUUUCUUCAAAGAUGCACUUGUUUGGGAUUUUCUUGCUGUUAGUAAUCCUGCUAACGUUCCAGAAUAA